AUGGCAGAAAAAGCCGACCCUGAGGACUACGCUCAGAACCCUCAGAGCGCCCAGUCGACAUCGCCAGUUGCCACAUUCUCCCACCAGACACCACAAACCGCCCCUGCCGGGCGACGCGGCGCUCGGCAAUUGUCUACGCCUUUUGCUUCAUCCUCUGCUCAGACUGUCUCCUCGCCAUUUUCUGGCGGCGCUGCAUCUCGAAGGAAGCGUAUUCGCACGUUUGGCUUUGAUGGCAAUCCCGACGAUGAUGACGAGACCAACAAGAAGGGUUCUCACAAUCUUCGUAAGCGAGCCAAGAUCGACUACUCAGCACAUGAUUUUGAGGACGAGCUUCCCGAGAUUGCCCUCCCUGCCCCGCGUACCGCUACUCGUCGACGAAGGGCCGAGAGCGAGGUCGUCGGUGACGGCUUCACGCCGCCCAGCACACAGCGCCGGCGCGCCAACUCGCGGGAGUUUUCUCAUACAGAUGACACUCCCGCCGGUCGCCGCAAAACCCCGGCCAAACGCCUUGCAGACCCGCAGCCCUACUUUCAUCCCUCAGACGAUGUUGUCAAGGACACGAUUGAGGUUGUCGGCGAUUCCAGCGAUCUGCACACGUCUGACGAGGUGUCUGACCAUGAGUCCAAGGUUGAGUCUCCAGCAGCCGAGAGAAAAUUCAAGCGACAAUCUGCAACACCAGGCGGAGGACACGCACGCCCGACGUCGUCUUUCGAGCGAUACGAUCGGUUCGGCAACAGCAGUCAGCCAGACCAUGAUGCGCAGGCCAAUUCUCGUGACAACGACCAGGCUAGCCUGGAAAUCGCACAUCCACAACCCAUACACAUCAACCAUGUCUCAAUUAUCACGGCUCCCCAGCUCUCUCAAGAUUCAGACACACAGGCUGAGCGGCAUUCCGACAUGAAGAUUGAGAGACUAUCUAGCCGAGCCGCUCACUUCACCUCCUCGCCACGUGCCUCGUCAGCCGAACAAUCCGCCGCUGGCCAUGGGGUUCCUGCAGUUGUUCCUACAAACAUGAGGGCGCAGCCCAAUAUACAGAUGGCCGCUGCACCUACAGCUCCUUCUACAGGCUUCUCAUCUCUAGACCGGAAUGGACGCGGCGAUGACGGAGACGCGGCGCAACUGACAGUCAACGAACGAGCCCACGUCCAGACAAUGUCCGAAAGCGAUGUUGCUGGCAAGGCCGAUAAUACGGAGCGUCAGCUUGCACCGAACGCUUCUUCUGGACAUGAGCCACCCAGCACACAGUACGGCGAUGCCGUUGCAAACAACUCACAGGCUGGCCUGGUGGGUUCGAAGACGCACACCACGAUUACGCAGAAGCACUACUUCACGAACGGGGCUACACAGCCGUCCCAGGGACACCUAGGGAAAAGCAUUGAUAGCCAUGUCCAUGGGCCUAGUAACAUGGAUGUAGACGCGGACGAUGCCGAGAUCCAGGUGAAGACUUAUGCCUGGUCGCAUUUGACGCCAUAUGUCGAAGGCGAAGUCGUCCUGCAUCCUGAGCCGACAAUGCAGGUGGCGACAGCUGGAGGGGAAGGUGAUGUUGAUGAAGACGGCGAUGCGCCCGAUGGCGAUGGUGAAGGAAACGAUGAUGAGCAGGAAGCUGCCGACAAGAUUGAUGCCGCCGCCAACGAUGACGCUGACCAGUAUGAGGACGAGGCCGAUCGGGACGACGGCGACAAGAGUGCAUCGCAAACUGUUCAGCAUGAAGAAGACAACAGUCUCCAAGCUGAGGGCCUGGCAGACGUCGACUCUGGUGCUGCCACGCCUCUGUCUCAAACCCCACGAGCAUGUUCUCCUGUAUUCGCGUCUGCGCAGCAGACAGGUGCCAACAAUCCGUCGGCCGGCGAAGACAAGAGCAAGGCUGCCGUGGUAUCAGCUGGGAUUCAACGCAUGAGGAAACAGUUUCGAUUUCCCAAGCUGAGUGACCCAGCCCAUUACAGGGAAUAUCUCAAAGACCACAGCAACAUAUCGGCGGAAGAGCUGUGGGCCUUCCUUGCACACGUCAACACGACGCUUCUGGUCUCGCAGGAAGAAUGGCAAAAGUGCGGUCGGCAGGUCGAUGACGCGGAGAACGCAAAGAGACGUGAGAUUCAGGACGCCGAGUAUGAGAAGAAGACGGCCAACCUUUCUCAAUUCGCCAAGAUUGACUCAUAUGUUGAAAAAGACUUCGAUACUCGUGGCUAUCGCGCUCCCAUCAAGGAGAAAGAGCAGGGCACCUUUCCACCAGCGGUGGCAGGACAGGGCAGACAGCUGCGAAGCCAGCCUCAACAGACUGCCAAAGCCGCAGAAGGUGACGCAGAUGGCCUGGUGGUCACAGGCAAGAGGUCAAGAAAUCCGCCCAAACUGUACGAAGGAAUGUUACAAGACGAUGUUCGUUCCGCGACGCCGGCGAACCAAGCUGCCGCCGGCGCUACCGUUGCCAAGCCUAUCCUUAAAAGGCGCGGCAGACCGCCUCUCAAUCCGCACCCCGAGGAUGUCUACCACCCGAAUGAGGAUGAAGACUCGGCGCCAAAGAACAAGCCAGGGCCCAAGAAACGGGGACCAAAGGGGAAGAGGGCUUCAGCUGUGGAUGCAGAAGCCGACACGCCAACCUCAGACUUGGCUCAUGUGCCUCCAAAGCGAAAACGCGGGCGGCAACCAAAGAUUAUCGUCGCAGAACCUGAGUCUGACGUAGCAGAUCUUCAAGACACGGAACCCGAGGAGCUAGACGAACCACUACCUAAGAGAGCCCGCACCACAAGAAAACGCGGCAAGAAUGCACGCACGACCAGCUCCAGGCCGAUCAGCAGCGAAACAGUUGUUGACAGCUCAGACGAGUCACGACCCACAACAUCUUCGUCCAACGCCACCAUAUCAGAUGACGGAUCGACGUACAGCUUUCGCCAGAACAAGCGACAGCGUACUUCAAGGAGCGAAGCACAAGAUGAUGAAGAGAUCGUUGAAGCUAUUCAGCCUCCGAAAAAGAAAACACGCAUCAACUUCAAAGCGUCCACUCGCCCCCAAGCAGUGCACAAGGCCAUACGAUCAGAAGCCAUUCUCAGCGAUAUGGCUGCAGCAUCUCAAGCUGCCAGCGCCACCCUAGGCGAACCGUCCCAUUUGAUGACUUUCAAGCAUAUGGGUGACGACAAAUGGAGCGUAAAUCGUGGUUCACGGCCAAGUCGUGAUUCCUUAACAGUAGCGCCGUCCGUACACGUCGCCCCUAUUUCCGCUGCCCCAUCGGCGCCACAUUCUGCAGCAUCAUCCGCUGCCCCGAGCCAGGCUGGCGACGACCAAGACUACCGCUUGAUGACCAAGUCGCAGAAGAUGUCUGCUUCAAUGAAGAAACGCUGGCUCAAUGGCAGUAUGCAGAAUGCUGUCAAUAAAAGGAAGGCUACUUUGGCUGCGAAAAAGGCGGCCAAUGCGCAGGCAGCAAUGGUGGCAGCUACGCCUGCUCCUCCGCAGCCCAAUGGGCAUAGCCCAUUUACAAACGGAGCCCAAUUCCAGCAGUAA